AUGGAGACAGCCUACAGUCCUAUAGCUGUACCUUGUUCUUGUAUUCUUUUAUACUUUCUAAUGCUUGCAUGGAAAGUAUUCAACUGCGCGUGGUUAACUCCCAAGAGGCUGGAGAAGCGGCUGAAAGAGCAAGGUCUCAGAGGAAAUCCUUACAAAUUUCUCCAUGGAGACUUCAAACAGAUUUCAACCUUGCUCAAGGAAGCUCAUUCCACAAUCAAUCUCUCUGAUGACUUAUUCCCAAGAGUUAUUCCUCAUCUCCAUGAAGCCGUCAAGAAAUAUGGCAAGUACUAUCUUCUUUUCAAUUAUGUGAUGCUUUCUUUGCAAACAUUUCAUGGAUUUCUUCAAUAA